AUGAAGCCCUUUGAUGCAUUGAUCAAGGCGCUAGAAAUAGCAAAGCCCGUAACGGCCAAAAUCCCCGUCCCGGGGCUCAACACCGCCGUCGAAUGUGCCCUCAGCAUCGCGAAGAAAGCCAAGGAGAUCGAAGACACCCGAGAUGACUGCCGAGCCCUCGCCGAACGUGCGGCAACAUCCGUGUUAGCAGUAUACCAGCAGCUCAAGAACGGCAGCGGCGGAAUGGAGGCGGAAGAGCAUGUCACGACGUUUCUGCAAAACUUGCUGGACAUCGAGAGCUUGAUGACUCGCCGUCUGCGAGCCGGAAAGCGAUAUCGCAUCUUGCUUGCGUUCAAUUGCGGGACGAUCGCCAAGGAGGUCAAGACGCUGACCACAAAGCUCGAAGACUCCCAUCGCAAUUUCAUGAUCCAGGCUGCGCUCUCCAUCCACCAGAGCAUGGACACGCUGACAAGCGGGAAUCUCCGUAUGCAACAGCACAUCGACGACUCAGCACGCGUCGGAGGGAUUGUCGUUCGAGACACCAGAGAGAUCCGCGAUGGCCUCACGCACCUCGCGCAGCACGUCAGUGGGAGCGCCACGUUCGAUGGAAAUUUCCGGCUCUUUGCUCAUGAGAAUCUGGCCUACUUAGAGCCCAUCGUCGACUCGGGAAAGCUGCAUCAUGGCAUGACUGGGCGGAACGGAAACGAACGUACCCUGGUCAACGCGGUCUCUCUCUCGCAGACCGGCCGCGUCUUCCGCCACCGCGCCGUCGUGGAGGCCGCGGGCGACCUGACAGGAACACAGGUGGUCGUAUACGAAUAUCCUAAUCGCGGCAGUCAGCAGUUUGUGCAAGCAGUGAACCUUGCGAAGCAAUCCCGCCGCCAUCCUAAUGUGCUGGCUAUGCUAGGAUACUCCCGUCCAGGAAAUCCAGACCAGGCCGCUUACAUUGUGAUGGAAGCCUGGUACCAAGUAUAUUUCACUGAGACGACCAUCACGAGGAGCGCGCAUGCCACUGAGCAGGUAUACCCACCGCUUUGGUUCUUCGUCUUGCAAUUCGACGGCAAAAACGGUUCCGCUCACGACUGCAAUAUGCCAACUGGAUUCUGGUCGUCGGAGAAGUAUCCCACCUCUGUGCUGUCGGGUAUCAUCCUCGAUUCGACACCGCAGUUUGAGCCCAUUGAGGAGGGUUCCGAAGCUCCGCUGUUCACUUUGACGCAAGUGGUUGGUGACCUCGUAUUCACCACACGGACAAAGAUGGCCACCGAGAUUCUAGAGCUUACUGAGGACGAGCUCUUUGCAUCCAGAGAGUUCCAAAAGAGCUAUUAUUCGACUAGCGACACCGAUGCUCACGACUCGGACGACUCCGGUGGAGAUGGUGUUGCAACGGACGACAGCAUUGCUGAAGAGGAUGGCGCUGGAGACUUCGACGCCGAAUCCCUCGCAUCGAGCUCCAGAAACCAAGAUCACGUCCUCGGGGUGAACUACGAGUUUCCGGAGUCGGACUAUCAGGACGCGACAGAUGCGGAAUACGAAAGCGCGGAAGAAUAUCACAGUGCAGAAGAGGACGAAGCCAUGGGCCUCGUAUGCGGCGAGUCCGGCGCGGCCGUGUCUCUCAUGCUCGAGGAUUCCGCUCAACGAACUUCUUCCAUCCCCGCCCAUUCCAUCCCCGACCCGCCCCGUUUCUACGAUGUAACCCUACUCGCCGCACGCUCAGUAACACCUUCGUCUUCAUCGACUCAGAUGCUUCGAAACCUCCGCAAACAAUAUGUGUAUGACUACUUCGCGGUGUACCCAUAG